UUGAAACUACUCAUAAAAAAACAUGUAUUAAGUUCCAUCUGAAUAUCUGAGAAAAAAAUUGGUGUAACGAUGAAACAUUUCAAUAUUCACAAAUGUAGAAGUAAAUGAAAACUCAUGUCCCAAAAGAGUCACACCCGUCACAAGAUUUAAACUUUUUUUUAAAGAAAAUUUAAAAUUCUUGCAGUUUUAUUUGAACUCAAUUAUUCAAGCAAAUGUAACGUUAAACAUAAUUAAAAACUUUGUUGGUAUUUAUUUUCCUGAAAUGCAGAUUUAAUGUCAAAAAACUGUCUGAAUGUCACACCCGUCUCAAUGGAAUGGCCCAUUGCUAGGCAAAUGUUUUAUGGCAAGAUUUAAAUGUUUCUCAUUUUAUGAUUUGUUUUAAAAUAAGUAAUUGUUCUAAAAAGAAUUAUCUGUGAUUUUUAGCAUGGAAAUAAUACGUGAUAAAAUUAAAAAGAUAUUGCCCUGCAUGGAAUGCAGUGUUCUGGAUACCCUAAUAAAAUUGCUUGUUGAUAUCGGCGUAACAGUGGAAGAAGAAUUAAAAUAUGUGGCAGAAGCAGACUUAACACCAGUUCUUCGGCCAAUUCAAGCAAGAAAACUUAUUGCUGCCUGGAAGCAAUCAGGUAUGAUGUCAUAUAGUAUUCGUGAUAGAAGAGAAAAAAAUUGCAUUUUAAAUUUUUAUUACCAAAAUUAUAAAAUAAAUUUUUUUAUAGAUGUGUUGCCACCAGUGCCUAUUUCAAAAGUGUCGCCUGAGAAGGUCAACACUAUUUCCGACACAACAACAGAAGCUACUUCAACAUCAGCCACGUCAACGACUCCAAAGAAUAGUGCUCUAGAUUGGGCUGAAGAGUAUUCUAUUCCGUGGCAGAAAAUGUCUGUGGAGUUGACAAAAGAUUUAAAGGAAGGCAGACGGCCAUCUCCUGCCAACCGGAAAGAAUUUGUAAACAAAAUUGCACAGAGCAUCUUCAAAAUUUGUGCUAAACCAGGCAAAAAAAAUUUGAGCAAAAUUGCUCGCAAAGCCAUAGAGGCUUAUCCAAAGUCAUUUUCAGACAUUUGGUGUGAUGAAGUUGUGGCUGGGGGGUGUGAGUCUCUUACUAGAACACUAGUUAUUAAGUUUGAGAAUCUCAAUAGAAGAGACAGUUUCAGUUUACAAAAACGAAACUUGAAACGAGAGAGGAAAGAAAACCCUAGCACAAGUGUUGAACUCAGUGCUUCAGCCAAUUAUGGCUGCUUGAAUUGGCAGCCAAAUGUUCUGCCGAUUGGGGAAAGUCCUGAAACCCAGAAGGAGAAGCAGAAGGAGAUGUUGGCGAUAUCGUCGACGAUGAAACCCUCUGAGGAUGCCAAUGAGAGAAGCCUUGCCUUAUUAGAGGCCACUUUUUAUAGCCAAAGGAAAGAUAUUAACAGUCUAAAAACUAUUACAGACUUGAUAGGUUCCUGGCCUCUUCUUUUUACGGAGAAAGGCUUCUUCCAGCAUUUUAAAUUGUUGACUGGGGUGAACAUUCCGGAGCUCUUGAAAAAGGCUUCGGAAAGUAAAAUUCCUCGCAUUAUAAAUUUUUUUAAGUCUUUGUCAAAAAAGAAAAUCGCAAUCCAAGAUAUAUUGGAUAAGUUUGAGAACGAUGAAACUGCUGAUGAACUGUGCUCUGCCAUAUGUCUGAUUCUUGAGUAUUUCAAUGAAAAAAAAGAAGCAAUUUUUAUCUCAGUUGACGUAAGUAUUUAUCAUAUAUUUUUCUAUAAAAACCUUUUUUUAUAUAUCUUAGUGGCCAGAUAUCCACUGGAGUGCAAUCUGCUUCUUUUUGAGAGCCAACCUUUGCAGAUAAACAUUUUUGUCAAUAUAAUUUCAUUAUUAAUAUCUGCUCAACUUUCAGGUGAUGACUUUUUUGCCAAGUCGUACAUGGUUGCAAUUGACAAUAAAGUCAUAAAUGAGGAAAUUAAAAGUGGCAGCACUGGCCUUUUAAUGGUGUUUGCCGCAUACUAUAUUUUGAACAUCGAGUAUGCUGAGAUGGCUUGUGGAACCCUGGAGUUUAUUCAGAGUUGCAGGUGUUUCCUAAAGAUAAACCCAGAUAAAGGGUCAAAGGCCUCAAAAAACAAGAAAAAAAAGAAUGCUGUCAAUCCAAAGGUUCUAUCCUUGUUGAAUAAGUUGAUGGACUUUGAAUGGUGCUGAUUCCCAUUUCUAUUGUAAAAGAAAUUCCCAUUUCUAUUGUCCCAUUACUAUUGUAUCCCGAUUUCUAUUCAGGGUAUACGCGCACCUGGAAAGUCAUGAAAAAUCAUAGAAAGUCAUGAAUUUCAGUAUUGAAAAAAAUUUGUCAUGAAAUUUCAUGAUUUUUACUAUUUUUGAAAAAAAAUCAUGGAAAGUCAUGGAUUUAGGUCUCCGAAGAAUCUAAUUUUUUAAAUGCAAUCACCCCCCCAUUUUCAUCCUAUUCCUAGUAUCAGAAUUUCUAACAAAAUCAACACUCAGUCAUAUUUUAUAGAAUAUAAAAUUAUUUUAUCAUGUUCUUUAAAAAUUAUGGUGUUCUUUCAAAAAAUGAAAGAAAAAACAUCAUUUCUAGAGCGAAUUAUCUUUUAAACUCUCUCUUCUGUGAUUUAAGAAUUUUUAUUAAUAUUUUUUUUAAUUUUAUCAAUUUAAAAUUCUAGUUAAAGCAAAGCAGUCAUUGGCGAUUUUCUUUAAUUCCAAAAUGAGAACAGAAAAGUCAGGAAUAUUUCUUUCCUUUCUGAUGAACAAGAAAAGUAUCUUUAGAUUAUAAUUCUGCAGAAAAAUUUUUUUUUCGCUUUUGUAUUUUUUUCAGC